CACGGUCCUAAAGUCUUCGUUCAGAAGCAGAAGUUCCACGAUCCGUCCAAACGGUGCUGGAUGCUGACGACAGAUGCUGGCACUUGCUGAUGACAGAUGGCGAGGCCCGGCGCGACCGUGGUGAGCCUGGCUGGCCUGGUCUCGUUGACUCGUCCACGGACCUUCACCCUCCAACGCGGCCCGCGCCCCGCGCGGACCCCGCGCGGGGUCCGGCAGCCCGGCGAUUCUGGGCCGCGGACCCCGCGGGUGGCGGUCUUGAUCGAUGGAGAUCACAUGGGGCCACCGUGGUUUGAGGCGAUUCUGGAGGCUGCUAGUGCUUUGGGAUCUGUGGAAGCCUCCUGUUUUGGGGCUCCACAUCUGGCAUUGCGGUGGCGGAAGAUGCUGAAGUACUGGCAGGUGACGUUUCGGGCGGUUCAGAGGGAAGAUACCACUGGAGAUGAUGAUCCCAAUGAUGUCGCGAUCAUGAAGGCUGCGGAUGCCAUUGCGUCCUCAGCUCCAGAGACCAUCAUCGCCAUCGCCUCCACUGACACGGACUUCUUGGAUUAUCACCUCCAGUUGAAGGAGCAGGGUGUACACUCCUUGGCUUUGGUCCCAUAUGCCAGCGAUGAGAAGCGUUGUGAAGUGGCUGAUGUACCAGUUCUGCGCUUCCGCCCUCCACAGUCGCCAACUCCCGGCUUCGCCGAUGCCUUUGAAGAGUACUUUGGGCGUGCCUACGACGAAGAGGAAGCAGAUGCGGUGUAUGCGACUGUUGGGCAAGGA